UUUAAAACAUUGUGAUAUAUAAAUAAAAAAGAUUUGUGAAUUAAGUAAUAAAUAGUUGAGAAAAUGUGGGUAAAAGAUUCAGUGAAAAUUAUAUUUCUGUUCUCAUUUUUCAACAUUUUGUCAACAUCAUCGUUAAAACUGCAUUUGAAUGAAAAUGAAACCGAAUCUGAUGUUGAUAAUGAAUCGCUACCGAGUAUUUGGGAUGACGAAGUUGUCACUCGAAUGGUACGCGAAGUGUUGGCAAGAGAUUUGUAUCAAGAAAACGAGAUAAAGAAAACAAGAAGACAGUAUAAACGCGAAGUGCAUUCAUCUGCAACUGUAGCGCCAAAAUCCAGCAGUGAAUUACAAACAACCAGAAAAAUGGCAUCAGUAACGACACAGAAAGUAAAGAAACCAUCAAAAGUGACUCAGACAGGAAAUAAAAACAAAAAUCGUGUCACUUUACCAGCAUCAAUUACUUCAUCGAAUACGACAAAGGCUACCGUUAAACCCAACGUGCAGUCAACUGUUAGUAAUAUUAAUUUGGGAAGUGUUAACUCUUCAUUGAAGAUUAAGGCAACAACCCCACCUACAAAAUACCAUUACUAUCCUCACAAUCAACAUCCAUAUUUUCUGCCAGAAUGUGCGAUUCAACAGGUUUGCAACGCUGUAUACGUAAGACUGAAUUAUACACAGCCCCUAUGUGUUUGUCCUCCAAGGUAUCGUGAUCCAUGCUCAGCGAGUCUUAAUGAAGAUGAUAAUCAUACCAUAACAUUAGUUGGAAAUGCAAAUAGAAGAGCAGUGACAUUAGCAAAAACAUGCGAACAAGGAAAUGAGUUGCGUGAUUGUCGUGCUCCACGUGACUGGUCUAUUUUAGCACUACAAAAUACAAGAACCGGGAAGUCACAUUAUUUAGUUAUUUGCAAAUGUCCCAGUAACUUUAGAUUAGAGGGGCCAUUACCUCACGAUCAACCGACUUAUGCGGGAUUGCCUGGCAUCAAUGUUUUCGGGAUGCUUUGUGUUCCUUUCAACACGCCAGCACAAGCAAGUAAAUGGCGCCCAGUUAUUCAUACUUCAUAUAGGUCAAAAAAUACAACCAUAGAAGCAGUGAGUGAAUCGCCCAAUGAUAGCAGUAUGGAACCAUAAAGUUUUCAAAAAGAAAUGAUUUUCAAAGCAAAUAAUAUAUUUAUAACUUUUUCGUCUUAUGUCAUGCAAAUUUACAUUCAAUGCUUUCUUUUCAAUUGUUAAGGCAUAAGUCUUCAGGGAAAUUAUUUCUGACAUUUUUCCCAUCUUUUAUUACAUGUUUUAAAAGAAGUUAUAAAGCUUUCACGUCCAUUAUUGUUAAAAACAAAAUAUAUUUUCAGUAUUAAAAAAAAAAACUAGGAAAAAACUGUCUUAACUGGGUGCUUCGUAAAUUUCGUCCAUAUUUUAGACACUUUUAAUCAUUAUUAUUAUUAAUAUUACUAUUCUAUUGUCGAGAUUAAAAGGACGUAAUUAGUUUAUUUAUUUAGUAGAAGCAUUUAUUGCACGUAAUUUACGAACUACCCUAGCAGAACUAAAUGUUACUUAUAUAUUUAAAGAA